ACUGCAAGUGUUCUGCACUGAACGCUAGGGGGCAGUGAUGUUCAUCAUGUAGGUUAACUUUACAAUCGAAUGAAAGAAAUUUGCCCAAGUAGGACACCGUAGGUAGGAAUUAGAAAAGAAGAAAACAUGGCGGCCGCGGUGGUCAGAAGGUUGUCAGGGCUGCUGAGACCUCUAUCCCGCUCCGUAGGAACCAGUUCUCCUCAGAUCCGUCUGCUGUCCGGGUUCAACCGGGCUCAGCCUCUCUUCGGAACAGUUACAGCCGCUGUCUGCGCUCCCAUCCGGGCUACUACGGCUCAGACGCCCCGCUACCCCCUCCUGCAGCGGGUUUCAGCUCUGGUUCCCAGCCUGACCUGGCAACCCUGCAGAAACUUGACAUAUGUCAGCCUGAAGAAAGGAAAGAGGAAAACAGUAAGCGCGGUGACCGACCGGUUUAUGCGGCUGCACUGUGGCCUUUGGAUCAGGCGCAAGGCUGGGUACAAGAAGAAGCUGUGGAAGAAGCUGCCCGCCAGACGAAAGCGCUUGAGGGAAAUUGUUUUCUGUAACAAGACUCAGUGCAGACUCCUGGACAAAAUGACCUCUUCUUACUGGAAACGGAGAAACUGGUUCCUUAAUGAUCCAUAUCAGAAGUACCACGACCGGGUCAACCUCCGAAUAAAAUAAUGCUCUAAUCCUAAAUGCAAUGUAAUAAUAUCAAACAUCCAUAUUGUUGUCAUAAAAUAAAACUUAAAGUCAAAACAU